AUGUGCAGGAUGGGCUUGGCUGAUGGCAUGUUGAUAGCAAGUGCUGACUCGCUGCAUUUUGCCAAUGUCAAGGUGCAGAAGUUCAUAAAAUUUUUGGAUGGCAAGGAGAUCAACAUCUUCUUUGUCAGGUGCAAACAAAUCCAUCCAGACAAUGUUCACCACAUCAACUGUCACCAACCAUGUAGGCUCAUGGUGAUUGGGAUGAGAAGUGCAGAUGAGGACUCCAGGGAAGCAAACAAGGACAAAAGCAAUGUAAUCAGCAUCCACCAACCACUCGACAAUGUCAAGAAGAAGCAGCAUCAUGAACAGAAUCCACUAUUCAUGGCAGAUCAAAAGCAUGCAGAGCAUAGUGAUCUGGAAUGGGAUGUCAGGAAGGAGGAGCACAGACACAAAUGUGACAGUGGAUAA